CUGUGAAAAGAAACUGAAAGCAAUUGUUUUCUUUCGUUUUCACUUUCAAAUUAUUUGUUUUGAAACUAUUUCAAUUCUUAGAAAAUUCAAUUAAAACUUAUCUUAAUUCUUUGAAGACAAUUCAAUACCUUUAUGGCCUCUGCAAGCUGUAGUACUGAAGGAUUCUUUUCUAUAAUACCGAAGACUGACUGUCCUCACGUACAGGUUGUACCUGAAAUUUGCUGUUUUACUUUACAAGCACACAAGUGUACAUUUUGCUGACAUUUAAUAGCCAUGGCUGAAGGUCACAAUGAAUCAACAGAUCUAUUGGCUGAGAAAGGUCACAAUGAAUUAACAGAUCUAUUGGCUGAGAAAGGUCGCAAUGAAUCAACAAAUCCAUUGGCUGAGAAAGGUCACAAUGAAUCAACAGAGAAAUUGCCUACAGGAGAAGAGUUCGUGAUGGUUGACAAAGAACAAAAAGAAAGUUAUUUAACAUUGGAAGACCAAAUCAAAGGAGUGUUGUAUGGAAAUUGUAUUGGAGAUGCCAUUGGAUUGCUUACUGAGUUCAUGAGUAAAAGAGACGCUCGUGAGUGCUAUGGUCAAUAUCAAAAUCUGGAAUAUAACAUGAAGAUACAUGAUCCACAUCGUGCAAGAUGGAAAAUUGGAGAUUGGACUGAUGAUUCUGAUCAAAUGAUUUUAAUUCUUCGAACAUUGGUGAAAAAUAAUGGAAAUUUCAAUGUAAAGGAUUUUGCAAAAAAGUUGCAUAACUGGGUGUAUUAUGGAUAUAAAGAACUUGGUGAUAAUGGUGGUAAUGGAUUGGGCAGUACAACAGCUUCAGUCCUUCAUCACCCCUUAUUCCUGAAACAUCCCCACAAGGCAGCAACAGAUGUCUGGGAAGGUAGCGGCAGAGUCUUGGCACCAAAUGGUGGUGUGAUGAGAACCUCAAUAAUAGGAACAUUAAAUUUUACAAACCUGGAGAAAGUUAAAGAGAUGACAAGAGAUGCUUGUCUUGUUACACAUGCUGAUCCACGUUGUAUUGCGUCAUGUGUUGCUGUAACCAUAGCAAUUGCUUUAAUGUUGCAACGUAAAUAUUUGUUAAAUAAUGGAAAACAAGAUGUUGUAACAAUUACGAAGAUAGCAUAUGAACACGCCAAGAAAGAAAUUGUUGAUGAAAGACAUAUUAAAGAACUGAAACACCAUAUAUCUGCUAAAACACCUCAAGAACUUGAGUUAGAUGAUCGUAAGAAAAUUGGUUAUACGUUCAAAUGUAUGGGUGCUGGAUUCUGGGCCCUAAGGCAAAAUGAUUUUAGGAAAGCAAUUCAAACGCUAACAAUGGAAGGAGGUGAUGCUGAUACUAACUGUGCUGUCGCUGGUGCGUUACUUGGCUGUAAAUUUGGUUUUAAAAAGCUUCCUCAAUCUUGGGUGAAUGGUCUUUGUCAUGGAUCUUGGUUGGAGAAGGAAGUGAACACAUACCUUUCGCUCAUUGGAAAAACAACACAAUGUUAAUAUAAUAAUGUAAUAUUUAACGGUGUUUUACUCCUUUAAUGUAAUUUUAGAAUUAUAUAACUGUAAUAUCGACGAUAAAAACUUAACAAAUAAACAUUUAUAACCAUA